AUGAAUGGACCUGGCGCUCCCGGAGAGGAGACAGGGACGAAGCUGGGAAUUGUACAAAUCAAUCUCCAGCGCUCCAAGAUAGCCACAGCCGAGCUACUCAAAGUAGCAGAGGAAAAGGGAAUCGCUAUCGCUUUGGUGCAGGAACCGUACACCGGAUCCAGCGGCAGAGUGAAGCAGUACCCCGGCACUAGAGUAAUCCAGUGCUCCUCGAACAUCAGCAGCCGAAACCCGGUAAAAGCAGCGAUAUACGUAUUCGGGGACCAGUUUAGGAUCACACAUGAUCCACAGCUGGUGUCCGAGACGGAGUCCGCAGCGGUACUGGAAUCAGGCAGCUUCAGGCUUGGAGUAGUCUCAGUAUACUUCGACGGGACAGCCGAUAUAGGUCCUUACAUUGCGCGAACCAAGGCAGUAUGCGAAUCGCUCAACACGCCUAACGUAUUACUGGCGGGAGAUGUAAACGCCUGGAGUCACUGGUGGGGCAGCGAAUCCGAGAACGAGAGAGGGACGGAAUACUGCGCUUUUAUCAACGAAAUGGAAUACCACAUCCUCAACACCGGAAACACUCCGACCUUCGAAGUCUGGCGAAGAGACGUGCUAUGCACCAGCAUAGUAGACGUGACAGCGUGCAGCCCUUCACUGCUGGGAAAGAUCAGGAAUUGGAAAGUCGACAGAGCGCUGAUCACAUCAGACCAUAACGCCAUCACGUGCACACUGGAGCUAGGAGUGCGGCUGCAACAUGCGGCAGCCCCUACUACCAGAGUAUACAACACCAAAAAGGCGAACUGGUCGGCGUUCGACGAGACACUCCUGUCUUUACUAGCGGAGAGGAACAUCACGCCCGCCGGAGUAGAAGAGGUAGUGUGUGGAGAGGAAAUGGAUAUCCUGACAGAUGCCUACACAACAGCAAUUCGGGAAGCGUGCGAAAGCUCGAUACCGAAGAUAGGCAAAAAGCGCAGAGGUUCCCCCUUCCCUUGGUGGACGGAAGAGAUUGAACAGCUCAAAAGGGAUCUCGUUCGUAAGAAGAAGAGGAUCAAGAACGCUGCUCCCCACCGGAAGGAACACGUGCUGCAAGAGUACAAUGAGGCCAAGGCGUUAUACGCCAAGCAAUCUGCCGAGGCCCAAACUCGGAGUUGGAAGGAAUUCUGUACGAAGCAGGAGAAAGAGAGCAUGUGGGACGGAAUCUACCGUGUCCUCAGGAAAACAUCAGGUAGAAAAGAGGAGCUACUGCUUAGAGGACCGGAUGGAAAGACUUUGGAUCCCAAGCAGUCGGCAGUGCUACUAGCGAACACUUUCUACCCUGACGACACGGUGGAAACCGACACCCCGCACCACACUCAACUCCGGAAAAUUGUACAAGAAACACCUCAAGAGAGGUUGGGAGAAUUGAAAGAGGAUGACCCGCCAUUCACCGAAGCCGAACUGGAGGCCGUGCUGCAAGAGCAGAACCCCAAGAAGGCACCGGGACCGGACGGAUUCACCUCGGACAUCUGCGCCAGAGCGAUCCGCUGCUCACGGGAUGUGUUCAUGGCGAUAGCCAACAAGUGCUUAGCCAUCUCCUACUUCCCCAAACAGUGGAAAAUCGCACAUGUAGUCAUUCUCAACAAACCGGGCAAAGAAGAUUACACCAGCCCGAAGUCCUAUCGCCCUAUAGGCCUGUUAUCAGUGCUAGGGAAAACGUUAGAGAAGCUUUUUGUGAGAAGACUACAGUGGCACCUACUCCCAACCCUCAAUCCAAGGCAGUACGGUUUCUUGCCGCAACGCGGAACAGAGGACGCUCUCUAUGACCUGAUCGGGCACGUCAAUGCGGAAAAGGAAGCGGGGAGAUCCGUGUUGAUCGUGUCACUGGACAUAGAGGGGGCCUUCGACAACGCGUGGUGGCCGGCUCUAAUGAACCAGCUGAGGCUCAGACGCUGCCCCAAAAACUUAUACCUGAUGGUGGACUCAUACCUCAAGGACAGAAAGAUAGUCGUCAACUAUGCGGGAGAAACCAGCGAAAGGGAUACCACGAAAGGAUGUGUUCAAGGCUCCAUCGGGGGCCCCACCUUCUGGAACAUUAUCUUGGAUCCCCUCUUGCAUAGGCUAUCGUCAGAGGAAGUUUACUGCCAGGCGUUCGCAGACGAUGGAGUUCUGGUGUUCUCCGGUAAGACCGUAGAGGGAAUGGAGGAUCGCGUCAACAGAGUAUUGGAGAUGACGGUAGAGUGGGGGAAGGAAAACAAGCUGAACUUCGCAGCACACAAGACGCAAGUCAUGUUGCUGACAAAAAAACUGAAGUACACCCCCCCCCAUAUCACCAUGUCCGGAACGACUCUGACUCUGGUCGACGAGAUUAAACUCCUAGGACUCACCAUAGACAGGUGGCUCAACUUCAACACUCACGUGCGAAACAUCUGCACAAAAGCGGCCAGCAUCUACAAACAACUGACAUGCGCCGCGAGAGUCACCUGGGGACUGAACACAGAAAUCAUCAGAACCCUGUACGUUGCAGUGAUAGAACCUAUCGUAACGUAUGGGGCCUGCGCAUGGGCAAAAGCGUCUGAGAACAUCACAAACAGAAAAGCGCUAGACACACUCCAGAGGGGUUUCGCGCAAAGGAUCUGCAAGGCAUACAGAACAACGUCACUGCCGGCAGCGUUAAUCCUAGCGGGAAUCCUACCGCUCGAUCUCAGAAUCCAGGAAGUUGCGUCCCUAUACGAGGCGAAGAAAGGGCUCUCCGUCGAUUUCCUACCACCGCAUCGUAAACUCGAGGAGAUUGUUAAAGCCAAAGAUUUACCACACCCGGCUUCUCAAAUCGAACUAGAGUACACUCUACUCGAGGAUAUGACAGAUGCCACCCAAACUGCCCUUCAGAUUACUGGCCCACAGGUGUAUACCGACGGGAGUAAAAUGGAGGGCAAGGUGGGAGCGGCACUAACGUGGUGGGAAAGUGGGAAGGAGAUACACAGCCAAGUCUUCAGCCUGGACCCCACGUGUACCGUGUUCCAAUCUGAAUUGUAUGCACUCCACAGGGCGGUGUCCAGAGCGCUGGAGAGCGAAGAGGAAGCGAUCAACAUCCUUAGCGACUCAAGAUCGUCGUUGGAAUUGUUGUGCAGUACUCGGCUCACCCAUCCUCUGGCAAAGGCUAUCAGAGAGAGCAUAGCAGUAAUACGGUCGCGAGGGAGAAGGGUUCGCCUGUUCUGGCUCAGAGCCCACGUGGGCACGGCAGGAAACGAAAGGGCGGACGAGCUUGCCAAAGAGGGAGCCUCGAAAGAGAAUCUCUCUCCCGAUUACGCAGAAGUCCCGCUGUCAUACGUCAGAAGAAAGAUCAGGGAGGAAUCUAUUGCCAGAUGGCAAGACAGAUUCGAUACUGCCUCCCAAGGUGCGGUAACGAGAACGUUCUUCCCCGAUGUAAGUAAAGCUUACAGCUUCGUGCGAGGAACGAAUCUAAACCACCUGCACGUUCAAAUUCUGACGGGUCACGGCGGCUUCGGAGAAUACUUGCACCGGUUCAAGUUGAAAGACAGUCCCGGAUGCGAGUGCGACCCGAACGUCAGCGAAUCGGUAUGGCACAUAAUACUCGACUGCCCCAGGUUUCAAACUGCCCGUUACAACCUGGAGUGUGUCUGCAACCAAAAGUUGGGAAGGGAAGUGCUGAGCGAUCUGCUCCAUAACAAAAGCACAAAGGACCACUUCCUCAAAUACAUCGAGGAAGUCGCAGCAAUCGCAACAAAGCGCAACAAGGCCACGGCUGGCGAGGCGCAACCCUCCUCGAACACACAAACACAAACACAAACACAAACCACACACACACAAGGGCAGCAGUGCUCAUUUGGCAGCGAAGACCUAUUGCCAAAUCUCUUGCACUCAGCCGAGGCCGGCAAGCCCAGGCUCAGGGUCCGAGGAGUUGCCAUGUUCAUGAACAACAACUCGGAACGAGUGGGAGUGGCCUUCUGCAACGACAGGGCGAAGACAAACGUCUACAUCUCACCGGGACUCGGUCUCCUAUUGAACGGAAGCACAAGCAAAACUACCAUGCGUCGUAAAAUCUACGACGCCUUACCAACGGUAUCAGUGGGGGGUCAGCGGUGUCGGAUAGUGCGGAGGAAGAACAAAACCAUCGCACUGUUCGCCACUGACGACAACUCCACAGCCUUCCAGAAGGUAUGCAGCGUGCUGAAGGACAUAGGGAACUGGAGAACGGGAGAUACUCACACUCCUAAAGUGCUAAGCGUGGACGUCAUGGCAGUGUCUCACCACACGGGCGAAACCCGGGACCACCUGGGUGCCCUUACAGCCUCGCAACACCACGAGGUAGUGGUAUACGAAAACAGAGGUCAAGAUCUCGGUUUUCUUUUGAGACGCGGACAGGGCGAAAGCGAGGCCGCUGCGAAUCGCGGGGGACUUCCGAGUCAAUCUCGGGACUCCAGCGGAUCGGAGAGGCUGCAACAAGCGCUCGAGGAGGAGAGUCGCCAGUCGAAGCGGAUAGUCACCGACCAGGACGAAGAUAGGAAGAAGUCCACGGUCACCUCGCUCCUAAACCGAAUGGCCCAGGCGAUCGCAGGCCCAGUGGGAGAGAAAAUGAGCAAACUCAGAAGAACGGUACUACAGGAAACGGCAGUGGCAAAAUUCACAACCCCAUCGACGUCCCGCCAAGAGGUUACGCAGACCACCCAGCGAACCAGAGCGGACAUGGGACUUGUGACCCCCCCCUGGCUGAAGCCGGCGAACGAUCAGCUGGCCCAUAUGGAGAACGCUCUACGAGAGUUCAUAGCGAUAACGGUUGCCACGCGCAAAGUCAAUGAAGAUAUCUGCAGUGCAAUAUUGCGGACUUACAAGCGUGGCAACAUAAAAUCGCUCGAAGUGAAGCUAGAGGAAGCGGAGGCUGCAGUUUACGACCUCGACGCACAACGUGUGAUACACGGGAAGGCGUGGGGGGAGUACAUGGCGGCAUACUGCGCAACCGAGGGCUUCAUAGAACUCGAAAAGAGCCAGCCGGAAGAGGAGGGCCACAUUCGGGCCAUAAAUCCUCCAAAAGACCCGAAGGUUGUGGUCGCCAAGUGCACCAGAGUAAUGCUGGAAGACAGAAUCCUCGAAAUGGCUAAAACCAUCUUCGGGGACCUGACAGAAGGCAACAGGCUGGAAUGCUUGGCGGUACCAACAUUCACAUGGGUGAACGGAGUGCCCGGAUGUGGAAAAACCACAUGGGUAGUCGCUAAUGUCAACAUAGAAAGCGACCUCAUCGUGACCGCCACAAGGGAAGCAGUCAAAGAUCUCAGGGACAAACUGACACCGAAGAUCGGGGAAGAACGAGCUAAACAGCGAGUUCGAACCAUGGCUUCACUAUUAGUGAACGGAAUGAAGAAGGGUGAAACGUGCAACCGCCUCGUGGUAGACGAAGCCCUAAUGAAUCAUUUCGGAUCUAUAGUAAUGGCCAUCAAGAUCGCAGGAGCCAGCGAGACCAUGCUGAUCGGAGACCAAAACCAGCUUCCCUAUAUCGACCGACACAACCUGUUUCUUCUGAAAUACUGCAGACCCCACAAAAUCACGUCUGUCACGAAAGAAUUGUUGUGUACGUACAGAAACCCGCAAGACGUGGCAUAUGCCCUAGGAGAAAUCUAUAGCGGCAUCUACUCGGCCAAAAAUCUCACGCGCUCCCUGAAGCUGAAGGAGUAUGGAGGGGCUGUUAUCCCGAAGUUGAAUGAUACAUUGUAUCUUACCCACACCCAGGCUGAGAAGGAACUCCUAAUUGGCCAGGGAUACGGAACCAACUCGGGCUCUUGCACCCUUACUAUACAUGAAGCACAAGGUCGAACGUUCGAGACAGUGGUGAUUGUACGUACAACAUCAAAAAAAUCCAAUCUGCUUAUGAGCGUCCCGCACGCGGUGGUUGCGAUCUCCAGACACACGAAGACCUGUGUGUACUACGUGGAUAACACAAAGAACGACGCAGUAGCUCGUUUUAUCCAACGUGCAGAGAGAGCAACCGACGCUUCCAUCAGGGACUACAACCUCAAAAUGGCGAUCUGGAACGGUGACGACGUAACGAGGGACAGUAUACUCGCUUUCGAAGCGGGGCUGGAGGAAGCCUAAAACAUCCCCCUCAAAACAAAACACGGACAGCAGCCACCGGCGGGGCCGGCGGCAAUGAUAUGACAAGACAAAAAGAAUAAAAUGACAAAAAAAAAAAAAAAAAAAAAAUUUUGACAAAAAAAAAAAAAAAAAAAAAAAAAAUUUUUUUUAUUAGCUUUAGUUCUAAUUCAUAAGACGAUUGAGCGGAGCAUCAGUAUGAGGUACGUCAUGCUCACUAAAGUGGUCAACCUGGCGGCGGCGACGUGGGCCGGGUCGUGGGAUUCCCUCAAAUAUGGUUGAGUCUCGCGAUGGCUGACCCAUGCGUCAACUCGUGAACGGGUGCUGUCAGGGGGUCCUGGUCUGCCACAUUCUGAGGUUCCGCUCAUAAAUAAAGGCAUGUAAAAUAGUAUAAG